AUGAACGGCGGAGCUAUUCUCGCGCCCACACCACACCUGGCUCCAACAGUGGUUGGGUGUCAAAACACCGGGUCGGCGCCAGGCUCAGACAGCCUGUCGCACGACGGGUUGACUGCGAGGCAGUCCGAGCACGAACUAGUCGUCGAUCCGCUGACGAUCCCCGCCGCUUCACCGCCGGAGCGGCGGCGGGCGCUGCACUACGUGGACGGAAGGCAGGCCUCCCUCGGCUCCUUCGGCACGGCGGUGGAGGCGGCGGUGGCCGUUGCGUGGGCCAUGAUGAGCGACGAGGAGGAUGCGGUCUCCUGCCUCUGGGUCGCUUGCGACCGUUGCGACAAGUGGCGGCGGCUGCCUAGCGGCAUGCCAGGCCCGCUCCCUGCCGAGUGGUUCUGCUGGAUGCACCCGGACUCGGCGUGCCGGCAGCAACAGCACCGGCUACAAAAGGGCGUGCAAGAGUUGUACUCUGGCCGCUUCCGGGCGAAGCGCAAGGUGGACGGCAAGGAUGUCUACCUCGGCUACGUCGACACAGCAGUGGAGGCGGCGGUGGCGUAUGCGCGGGCGGUCGGGGAGUACCAGCCUCCGACUGUGGUGGCGGAGGCGGAGGGCUUGCGGUUGCACCUCUCCAGCAGCAGCAGCACCGGCUACAAAGGCGUGACUGAGCUCGCCUCUGGCCGCUUCCGAGUGCAGCGCAAGGGGCCUUGCAGCACCGCCGUCACAGGCAAGCGGGCGCGGAGGCCGGUCGCGGCGCCCGUCGAUGGCAACGAGGCGGCCUGCCCCAACUGCUACUGCUUCGCGUGCGACGCGCCCGUGUCCGCGUGCCGCCACUGGCGGGGCGGCGAGCCGAGGGUGCCGGCGCACUGCAACGCGCACGCCGGCAGCGCCGAGUGGCGCACGCAGCGCUCCAACGCCAAGCGGCAGCGCACGCGGGCGGCGCGGGCGGCGAGGGACCCGCUCGGGCUGGGCUCGUGA